GUCCUGCUCUACGCUGCUCUCUCACCAAGUUGGAUUUAUCUUUUGGACUACAGUACAAAAUGCCACACAACCACUUGUUCUUUAUGGGGACUAACAUCGUCUGGGCGCUUCUUCUGAGCCACUCAGCACUGUGUCAUGAGAAGACCCACUCCCACGCUGAAGAUGAGCUCUUCAAGGCGCUGUUUUCUGGUUACAACAAGUGGUCAAGACCUGUGCCGAACAUCUCGGAUGUGGUCAUCGUCAAGUUCGGACUGUCCAUCGCACAGCUCAUCGAUGUGGAUGAAAAGAACCAAAUGAUGACAACAAAUGUGUGGCUCAAGCAGGAGUGGAAUGACUACAAACUUCGCUGGAGACCAUCUGACUUUGACAACGUGACAUCCAUCAGAGUUCCCUCAGAGCUCAUUUGGGUACCAGAUAUUGUCCUCUACAAUAAUGCUGACGGAGAAUUUGCUGUGACCCACAUGACUAAAGCUCACCUUUUCUACACGGGCAAAGUCCGCUGGGUCCCACCCGCCAUUUACAAGAGCUCCUGCAGCAUCGACGUCACCUUUUUCCCUUUCGAUCAACAGAACUGUAAAAUGAAAUUUGGCUCCUGGACCUACGACAAAGCCAAGAUUGACCUGGAGCGAAUUGAAAACACCGUGGAUCUCAACAACUACUGGGAGAGCGGUGAAUGGGCCAUCAUCAACGCUGUGGGAACAUACAACACAAAGAAAUAUGACUGCUGCCAUGAGAUCUACCCAGACAUCACCUACUUCUUCAUCAUCCGAAGGCUUCCUUUGUUUUACACCAUCAACCUCAUCAUCCCCUGCUUGUUGAUCUCUUGCCUCACUGUUUUGGUUUUCUACCUGCCCUCAGACUGUGGUGAGAAGAUCACUCUUUGCAUCUCUGUGCUCUUGUCCCUCACUGUCUUCCUUCUGCUCAUCACAGAGAUCAUACCAUCCACAUCCCUCGUCAUCCCUCUCAUAGGCGAGUACCUCCUCUUCACUAUGAUUUUUGUCACCUUGUCCAUCGUCAUCACUGUAUUUGUGCUAAAUGUGCACCAUCGCUCUCCCAGCACCCACAAGAUGCCCCGCUGGGUCCACUCUGUGUUCCUGGACUUGAUCCCUCGGUGGCUGUUCAUGCGCAGGCCCGCGCCCGAUGGCAGGCGUCGCAGGCUUUGGCUGCUCCAGCAGGAAGCGGCGGUGGAGCGGAGGCACCUGCGAAUGGCCGGGUGCAAAUCCGGCAACUACAUCAGCACCUCGUCUACCUGGCUGAGAGACGGGACCGUGCUGGAGGAUGCCGAGAGAAGCUGUUACGAGGAUUUAGAGCUAGGGACCUUGACAUCAUACUUCUCCUUCCGUCCUCCGUCACCUCGACCUCCAGGAACGACUCCUCCACCGCAGCAAAAGACCCCACAGAACAGCCAGACCCGGCAGGAGGGGGCUGCGGUGUCCAACAGACAGUCCAGUGGACACAGACUUAACUGUACUCAGCGGCCAACCAGAGCUGACAGUUCAGUGUCAGAGUCAUCAUUCCUCCUCUCACCAAGCGUUAUACGUGCAUUGGAAGGGGUGCACUACAUCGCAGACCACCUGAGAGCCGAGGAUGCUGACUUCAGUGUGAAAGAAGACUGGAAGUAUGUUGCCAUGGUGAUUGACCGCAUCUUCCUUUGGAUGUUCAUCAUCGUUUGCCUGCUUGGAACAAUAGGUCUCUUCCUGCCGCCGUGGCUCUCUGGCAUGAUUUAAAAAAUGUAGCUGAAGUCUACUUCAAAACUGGAAACAUGACUCAUGUUUGUGUAACACGGUACAACCUAUGUGGCCUCAAAAACUGGAAAUGAAACACAACCGAGCUAUUUUUACAUUCUUACCACUCAUUCAUAAAAAGGUUUAUUUUUUGUAGCAACAUUUUUUAGUAUCUCCUGCAGAUUGUCAUACUGUGCUGUGAAGACUGGACACAUCUCUCAUCCGUGGGAGAAGGAUCUAGCCUCAGAUGUACCAGCAGUCUCACGUGUAAUGUUGCUCAAGCGGUAUUUAACCUGAAUGCUAACAUUAGCACGUUAACUAUUAACAAGCUGACAUUAGCAGAUUUAUCCAAUCAGCAUGGUGGUCAACAAAUGCCACGAUCUGUUCUCCCUCAUCAAGGCCUUCGGAUUCAACGCGUUAAUGUUGGAAGGGUUAGUUAAAGCUGGAAAGUGUAGUUCUGACCCUGUUAACCUACUAAUGUUAAUUAUAUAAUCUUCUAAUCACGUUUGUGUGAUGUGAGAAGCUGUGGUGCCGCUCUAACACCAAAUUAUGUGACCAAAAUUGAGUUCCCAUCGUGUUACCAGAAAUAUUUCACUAUACGCUAAAAUUCAAGCUAUUUUUCAUAAAUUGUAAGUCAAUACUUUUCGUUUUUUUAUAUAUUGCAGAAAGGGUACCAAUAUAUGAGUUUAAAAAGAAAGUUAAAAGUCAAAAAAGCAUCCUGAUUUAUGGACUCUGGAUGGCCGUGACUGGAAUUUUGUAGAAGAAAACAAGCUGCGUCCUAGCCUUUCCUUCACUGAAUAAACCACAUUCUUGAGUUAAGAUCAGACUCCACAUUAGCCUGUUUUAUCCAGGACUGAGUGAGUUAGAAGCUGUUUAAAGUCUGUGUAAAUAUGAAGCACUGAAGACAGAUUUCUUCGUUAAAGUAAGCAAUUUCUACAUGGUGUUCAAGUCUGUUGAUAUUUGAAUAAAACAUCAAAAGCUACAGUAUGUCCUCCCUCCCCCUCCCAGAGAAAACGCAUCCUGUCACAGUUACAAAUCCUCCACUAACAUUGCUUAUUCGUACCAAAAAAAAAAAAUGUAU